GCGGCGGGCACCGGCAGCGCGCGCUGCGCCGACUGCGGGGCGGCGGAUCCCGACUGGGCCUCUUACAAGCUGGGGGUCUUCAUCUGUCUCAACUGCUCCGGUGUCCACCGCAACUUCCCAGACAUCAGCAAAGUGAAAUCCGUGAGGCUGGACUUCUGGGAGGACAGUAUUGUGGAGUUUAUGACCCACAACGGGAACCUCCGUGUGAAGGCCAAAUUCGAAGCCAGAGUUCCCGCUUUCUACUAUGUUCCCCAGGCUGAUGACUGCCUGGUCUUAAAAGAACAAUGGAUUCGUGCUAAGUAUGAAAGACAGGAAUUUAUGGCUGAUAGGAAAACCAUCUCACUCCCAGGUAACCGAGAAGGGUUCCUGUGGAAGCGGGGAAGGGAUAACGCCCAGUUCCUGAGAAGGAGGUUUGUCCUUCUGGCCAGAGAAGGCCUCCUGAAGUACUACACUAAGGAAGAGGGUAAAGGCCCCAAAGCUGUCAUCAAUAUCAAGGACUUGAAUGCCAGCUUCCAGACAGAGAAGAUAGGGCACCCCCACGGGCUGCAGAUCACCUACAGGACAGAGGGCCACACCCGGAACCUGUUUGUGUACCAUGAGAAUGGGAAGGAGAUAGUGGACUGGUUCAAUGCUCUCCGUGCAGCCCGUCUGCAAUACCUAAAAACGGCGUUUCCUGAGCUUCCAGAGUCUGAGCUCGUGCCUCUCCUCACCAGGAACUACCUCAAACAAGGCUUCAUGGAAAAGACCGGUCCAAAGCAGAGAGAACCUUUUAAGAAAAGGUGGUUUGCCCUGGAUCCCCAGGAGCGGAGGCUUCUCUAUUACAAGAACCCACUGGAUGCCUUUGAGCAGGGCCAGGUUGUCCUCGGGAGCAACGAGCAAGGGUAUGCCGUACUUGCAGAUUUGCCCAAGGGCAUCCGAGGGAAUCGCUGGAAAGCUGGUCUCACCCUGGUCACCCCGCAGCGGAGAUUUGUCCUCACCUGCCCCAGCGAGAAGGAGCAGCGGGACUGGCUGGAGAGCUUGCGGGAUGUCUUGUCCUGCCCCUUGACGCCCCUCAACCUCCUCACUACAUCGACAGAGAGUGGCUGUGGCAGUAGGUGACCCAGCGGCUGAGGAACUGGCUGGCCACUGACCACCCGGAGGUCCUGACGGGAAGGAGAAGGUCUCACCUCACCUUGGUUGCCCGACAUUGGUUCCUGCAGUCAGCAACCAACCCUGCAGUGAGCUUUGCCAAGAUUGAAGCUGUGGCUUUAUCAGCCAGCUCCCUGGGCCUUCCCCACUGCCCAGCGCCAGGCAUCUGGGGAUCUGGUACAUAGAUGAAGCCUUCCUCCCCUCCAUACACACCCAGGCUUGAGCUGUCCCUAAGGCCCAGAACUUUCUGAUGUCUGAAAUGGAGGUGAUGUAAUGAAGAUGACUUCACCCACAAUGUCAUACAAUGGGCAUCU